UGUUGACGCAGGACAGCAUAAAGAAGAUUGCGGCCGAUGAUCCUAAUUUGACCUCGCUCAACUUGAAUAACAUCAAGACGAUGAGCACCGAGGUGAUACAGCGAUUGUGUGAAGCUCUUGCAAAGAACACAAAAUUACGCGAACUCCACAUGGCGUCUACAAUGCUAACCAGUGCGAUGAUCGAACCAUUCUAUGAAAUGCUACGCACUAACACUACCUUGAAAGUAUUGAAUUUGGAGUCGAACUUUUUAAAUGGUCAAAAUAUCAUCAAGCUGUUGGAGUCCGUAAGUCACGAAAAAAGUGGAAUCACUGAUCUGCAUUUGGCCAACCAACGCCAAUCAGUGCUUGGAGUUAAAGUGGAACAAAUUAUAACUAAAGAAGUCGUUGCAAACCCUCGCCUGGUUCGCUUGGGUUUAGACCUAGACACUCCGGACGCCCGAGUUCGAGUUCGGGAUCACAUCAAGAGCAAUUUGGACAACGCCUCAAGAUUGGUUCGUCGAAAUAAGAACUGAUAGUGAACGAGUCGCAGUUCUGUCCUUAUCCCGGCUUCUUCCAACGUUGGGCAUCAGUAUAUUGCAAUAUCGAGCAAUACGCGCCAUAUGUUUAGUCUCCUCCGCCAUGCUUCCUAAUUUGCCUUCUUCGGUCAUCACCGUAGUAUCCGGUAACCAACAAUACGCUGCAUUAAACCAACCUUCCCCGGUCGUUCGUAUGAUACUUUCAUCCUUACGUUCGCCUCCCCCCUCCCCAUCAGCACUUUCAAGUUUGCAUUAUCCCAUUGUUGUACUCCUUUUUCGCUCCAGUUGAUUCUCACUAAAGUAUCCUUUCAUUGUUGCACUGUGUGUGUUCUCCGGAUCGUCCCACUGCAUGAGUGCGGCGCUCGUGUGGGCUUUGUUGGGGGUGUGGUUUCUGAGUCCCGCGAAUCAGUGGUCUGUUUCCUUCAUCCUGUUUCACAUUGCCCGUCUUGCCAAAGUGCACCACUCGCACUCUUUGUGUCAGGUAACAUUUCAGUUUCCUGGAUGGAGCCA